UUUGUGUUCGAUGGGUUUGGGUAUACCGUAUCACAGGAGAGUGACACAAGUGAAGUAAUGGGCUGUGCUCGGACCAUAGCCGGCAAGACCUACGUCCUCUCUUUUGCGGUCGGAGACGCCAGUAACGCGUGCAAAGGCUCGAUGAUCGUGGAGGCGUUCGCCGGCCGGGACACGCUCAAGGUCCCGUACGAGUCCCGUGGGACUGGAGGGUUCAAACGGGCGGCCAUGCGGUUCGUCGCGACGUCGAACCGGACGAGGGUGAUGUUCUACAGCACGUUCUACGCCAUGAGGAGCGAUGAUUUCUCGUCGCUCUGUGGACCCGUCAUCGACGACGUGAAGCUCUUGAGCGUUCGUAAGCCGUAGGAUUUCGAUCCGACGUCUGAGAUUUGUUUUGUGUUCGAUGGGUUUGGGUAUACCGUAUCACAGGAGAGUGACACAAGUGAAGUAAUGGGCUGUUGUGUUGUGUUUUAUAGGAAGUGGUCUCGCUUACAUCUAUUUUAUUUUCCUUGUAUGGGGAAGGCAAUAGAAUGGUGCCGUUUUAUAUAAUAGGGUUUUUUUUAAGGAGUUGUGAUAUGAGUAUUAUGAGAAUAAAAGUUUAUACAGAUUUGCGGAUA